CUUGCAACGAAAGGCUACAGCGAGAAACCUAGUCCCGACCAACAAACUCAUACCGAUUGAUCCCACGAUCAUCGGGACUUCCGGCGCGAUGGGGAUGAUUGCGGCCACAUCCCUCCGGCCCCCGCGAUACAAACAUGUCAAACACCAAAAAGCGCAACACUAAAGGAACGUCAUCCCACACGCGGCGGGGAAGUGAGCGAAAGGAGGGGCAGAAACACAUCUGGUUAAAUUCCCUCACUCGCUCCUUUCUUCCAUUCUCUCUUCGACCCGGUCCUUUUUUCUGAUUCGAUAGAAUGGCCCUCCACCAGAGCAAGCUCGCCUUCAUCGGCGGCGGCAACAUGGCGUCCGCCAUCAUCAGCGGCCUCGUCACCCAAGGCGUCCCCAAGAACAACAUCUGGGUCGCCGAGCCCUGGGACGUCAAUCGUGAGAAGAUGGCCGCCCUGGGCGUCCAGGCGACCACCUCCAACGUCGAAGCCGGUGGCCAGGCUGACCUCGUCAUCAUCGCUGUCAAGCCCCAGGUCACCCAGGCCGUCUGUGAGGAGCUCGCCGCCGCUUGGGCCACCAGAGAUACGCUUCCCGUCGUGGUGAGCAUUGCCGCUGGGAUCACCCUGCAGAGCUUGCAGGGGUGGCUGCGGACACAGGAUGGCCGCACGGCGCACACCGUGCGUGUUAUGCCCAACACGCCCGCGCUGCUGGGUCAGGGCGCGUCCGGCGUCUUUGCCAGUGCGGAUGUCGUGGCGGAGGAGAAGGCCCUGGUGAAUGACCUGUUAGCGAGCGUGAGCCAGGCGACCGAGUGGGUGGAUCGGGAGGAGUUGCUGGACGUGGUGACUGGGUUAUCAGGAUCCGGUCCGGCCUACUUCUUCGCGAUGGUCGAGCAUCUCGUGGCCAGCGCGACGGCCUUGGGUCUCUCCUCGGAGCAGGCCACCCGGCUGGCCGCCCAGACGUGUCUCGGGGCGGGCAAGAUGCUCGUCGAGUCGUCCGAGACGCCGACCAAGCUGCGCCAGAACGUCACCAGUCCGAAUGGCACGACGCAUGCAGCGCUGCAGACCUUUGAGGCUGAAGGCUUCCAGGAGAUCGUGGACAAGGCGGUUAAGGCGGCAACCAACCGGGCGGCGGAGCUGGGGAAUACACUGGCUAAUAAAUAGACUAAUAUGGUGAACAGGCGAUAGGAAUAGUGCAUUGUCUAAUCCGGUACAUCAUCAGGCAGGGUGGAAAGACCUAGUAAUCUGGUAAUACGAUUCUUUAUCAUCCAUAGGUGAGCUAUUAGUUGUAGGAUGUGCUCUUGGAGUCUG